GUGGCUUUGGCUUGAGUUAUAAGUGUCUGAUGGAAUUUCUUCUCCCCUCUCCCUCCAUUUCACUGCCUAAUCGAUGAAAACGACAGAGUGCAGAUGCAGCCACGGUGUGUGUUAGGACCAGCAGAGGACGGUGUGUGGUGCACUAGGACCGGGGAGAGAUCCUUCGCGUCGUGUGCGUUGCAACUACAGAGCGGAGCUGUGGAGGAAACCCCCCAUCGGAUCUAGCCAUUAUAUCCAUACAUUUCUUUUUCCCAUCUCCACCGCGGCGGGGCUGAGUUGGGAUCGCACCAACCAGUGCGCCUGGGAUGGUCAAGCACCCAGGAGAGGAUUAGUAAUUGAGCAGGAUUUGCGUAAAAGUCAGUUGUCAGAAUUUGGGGGUGAUUAUUUACCAGCUUCGCCCCCACACUUUUGAUAUACCUGUAUGUUUUUUAUGUGCUACUAGUAUUUUUUUUGUUUUUAAUAGAUUUCCACCCAUCAUCUGUUUUAUUUCAAGCGCGCAAAGUGACAUCUGCGUAGGAGAGCGCUUGGCGCACUUCUUCCCCAAAGGACAGAGACAAGAUCUCUAUUAUUCUGCUUGGAUUUAAACCGGACGAUUGGCUGAAUGGGUGAUCUCGUUGAAAUACAGACUAUUACUGGCUUCCGCUCAUUUUAUGAAAAGGUGUUCUCCUUAUUGACCUGGAGUUGUGAUGUCCAAAGCCUUCCCCACUGACUGACAAACGACGUAGUACCAUUUUGGAAUCGAGUUGAAGGCUGUGAGGACCGGGGGGAAGAUGAGACCUCCCAGCCCUCUGCUCAUCCUGCUGUACAUCACGCUGUCCAAAAGCGUAAAGGUGGUCUCCAAGAGAGGCUCAGUGGAUGGCUGUACUGAUUGGUCCAUAGACUACUUGAAGUACCAGGUCCUACUGGGUGAGCCAGUUCGGCUGAAGUGUGCUCUGUUCUAUGGUUACAUCCGGGCCAACUACAGCCAGGCGCAGGGUGUGGGCCUCAGCCUCAUGUGGUACCGCAGCUCUGGCCUCGGCCACAGUGACUUUGAGGAGCCUAUCUCUUUUGACGGUGUACGCAUGAGUAAAGAGGAGGACUCGAUCUGGUUCAGACCUGCGGACUUCCAAGAUGUGGGCCUCUACUCGUGCGUCCUAAGGAACUCCACUUACUGUAUGAAGGUGUCCAUGUCUCUCACUGUGGCAGAAAAUGACACAAACCUGUGCUACAACUCUAACAUGAGACGAAGUGAGAAAGCUGAACUCAGCAAGAGUAAAAACAUCACCUGUCCUAACAUAGAGGACUAUGUUGAACCUGGAAAAAAGCUGGAAAUCACCUGGUACAAGGAGUGCCGUCCAUUGCAAUGGAGACCCAGCAUCAUCCAGAAGGGAAGUAAUCUGACUUUUGAGGAGGUGACAGAAGGUGACAUUGGAAAUUACACCUGCGAAGUCCAGUUUGGUGGCUUCUUGGUCAGAAGGACAACAAAACUGAUAGUCACGGCUCCUCUGACCGACAAGCCACCAAAAAUCCUGUUUCCCUCUGAAAACAAGAUUAGCAACAUGGAGCUGCAACUAGGCAGCGCUUUAAACCUGACUUGCCGGGCAUUUUUUGGCUACAGCAGCGAUGCUGUCCCCAUCAUGUACUGGAUGAAGGGAGAGAAGUUCGUGGAGGACCUGGAUGAAGAGAGAGUCCAGGAGAGUGAUAUCAAGGUUGUCAAGGAGCACCUUGGUGAACAGGAAGUAGUAAUUUCCUUGACUAUUGACUCACUGGAGGAGGAGGACAUGGGAAAUUAUUCUUGUUAUGUGGAAAAUGGUAACGGCCGUCGCCACGCUACUGUCCAGAUCUUCAGACAGACAGAGCUCAUGUACACUGUGGAGCUGGCAGGAGGACUCGGAGCAAUCCUGCUGCUACUCAUCUUCCUCAUUUCCCUCUACAAAUGCUACAAAAUCGAGCUGAUGCUUUUCUAUAGGAGGCACUUUGGCAGCGAGGAUGUGGAUGGAGACAAUAAAGACUACGAUGCAUACCUGUCCUACACCAAAGUGGACCCUGACCAGUGGAGUCAAGAGACCAGGGAGGAGGAACGCUUUGCCCUGGAGAUCCUGCCUGAUGUCCUGGAGAAACAUUACGGCUACAAACUCUUCAUUCCAGAUCGAGACCUCAUUCCAACAGGAAGUCUCACCAAUGAGCAUUACCAGGAUGACACACGACUCUUCGGAGCUUAUAUAGAAGAUGUGGCUCGCUGUGUAGACCAGAGCAAGCGCCUUAUCAUAGUAAUGACACCUAACUAUGUAGUACGACGAGGCUGGAGCAUCUUUGAGCUUGAGACGCGGCUGCGUAACAUGCUGGUGACCGGCGAGAUCAAGGUCAUCCUGAUCGAGUGCGCCGAGUUGCGUGGCAUCAUGAACUACCAGGAAGUGGAGGCUCUCAAGCAUACUAUCAAAACCCUCACUGUCAUCAAAUGGCGCGGCCCCAAGAGCAACAAGCUCAACUCCAAGUUCUGGAAGCAGCUGCAGUACGAGAUGCCAUUCAGACGCACAGAGCCCAUGCUCACCCAUGAGCCGGCGCUGGACGUCAGCGAGCAGGGCCCCUUCGGAGAGCUGCAGACCGUCUCUGCCAUCUCCAUGGCUGCAGCCACCUCCACCGCCAUGGCCACCGCCCACCCUGAGCUGCGCUCGUCUUUCCACAACACCUACCACACCACCAUGAGGCAGAAACACUACUACCGCAGCUAUGAGUUUGACAUUCCCCCGGGAGGGACCCUGCCACCUCUGUCCUCUCUGGGGAACCAGCACACCUACUGCAACAUCCCACUAACACUGCUGAAUGGACAGAGGCCUCCGGGAAAGAGCCGAGAGCACAGCCUGGAGGAGGCACACGCUAACAACGCCAUGCUCCCUCUGCUUCCAAGAGAAACCAGCAUCUCCAGUGUCAUCUGGUAAUAAUGAAGAAUCCACUGUAGGAAAAUCAGUCAUGGUGAGACUCGGUGCAGUCAAUACAGUGAACAGUCGAAAUUAUUGGAGGAAGUGUUUCGGAUCCCUUUGGUUCCAACAUUUGACAAACAGUUGCAAGGGAUGGAAAUACAGCUGUUUUUGGACACAGUUUCCCUUGUUUUUUUGUUGUUGUUUUUUUCCAAGUGGACAGCGCCUCUGUUACAGGGGUUGUUUUUUAUGUGGAACUACAGGAAAUUUAAUUAAAACUCACUGUUUCAUCAACUGGCGAGAGAUGGACUUGUAUGAACUCUACAGGAAAAUUAAAGAACCAACACAAUGGCAAUUGUGCACACUAAUACGAACACCUACACACGUGCAUACAUAUAAACAAAAGGAAAACAGGGUCUUGUACAUAUAUUUCAAUUUAUUUGUAGCAUCAGUGUUCUUCUGUUUUGUUCUUUUGUUUGUUUUAUUCAAUCAUGUUUGUUGCCUUCUCUACUGUAGAACUUUGCUUUAACCUGUUAUCCAGAGUUGUAUAUUUUUAUUGUUUUCCGUUUUUUAGUUUGUUCUUUUUCUUAUUUCAGUGCGCUUGUUUGAAAAGCCAGUAUGUCAUGCACCUGCGCUGUUGUGUUUUUAUGUUUGUUUUUAAUCUUUGUGUAGUUUAAAAGAACUUUUUUUUAACACUUUUGGAAUUGCCUGGACUUUUCAGGAGCUUCAAGGAGCUGAAACUUCUUUUUGUUUACCUGUAAAAGGUGUAUCUAGUUUAAAAUGAAUCUCUCUUUUAAAAAAAAAAUCAUAGAAUAUGCAAAAAGAAGGAGGAGCUGGCAAAAAUAGACCAUCUUGUGGGACCCAGAAAGAGGAGCGAUUGGGAGGCGGUGCUAGUCCUCUCCAAUCACAUAGACUGACAGACUGGCAGAUCUCUCUCUAAAGCUUCAUAUUUUCUAUUGAAACAAACAGCCUUGCUGUUUUAGAGUGAUAGUGAAAUGCCUCACCUUAAAAAGAAAUCUGUAGAUUAUUUUAAAAAGAAUUCUAUUUUUAUAACAGAAAAGAGUUUGCUUGAGAAGUCAUACUUAUUUGCAUUUCAUCUACCGUAGAAAGGGGAUUUGUGUAUGUGUUAUGCUGGUUUUGUACACUUCCAAUGUGGUUCCUGGUUUGUUAAGAGACUAAGGUGGUUUUUGAGUCCCACAUGAAUAAAUAUGUCCUCUACUGUUUUAGAUUCAAAAGUAAAGCAUUUCCAAUGUUUUGAUUUUUCAAACAUGUUAUUCCCAUCCUUAUAAUUACUUUGGUUCAUAUGGAUAGUUCAUGUUUAAGGAAAGAAAAGAAUACAUUUGUGUUUUGAAAGACUUUUUAAAUAUAUUUGAAGGUGUGACUUUUGAGUAUGCAUAGCAAAUAGAUAUGUAUUCUAUAUAUAAUAUAGAUAUUUAUAUAAAUAUAUAAACACGAUUUUCACUUGGAAAGAAAUGUCUAUCUUUAUAGAAACACAAUCAUUAUCAGUUGCCCUUACUUUCUCACUGCACAUUAAAAACAUUGAUUUCC